AUGGAUGUUCAUGAUUUAUCCGAAGAAGCUAAAAGAGGACUACACAUGUACGAGGAAUCAUCAGACGCUCUUGGCGUUGAUUUUCGAGGUCGACCAUGCAGGCAAGACAAGCAUGGUGGUACAAGAGCUGCUCUAUUUGUUCUAGGCCUACAGGCCUUUGAGAUGAUGGCGAUUGCGGCUGUUGGGAACAACUUGAUCACAUACGUUUUCAAUGAGAUGCAUUUCCCUUUGUCCAAAGCCGCAAACCUGGUGACUAACUUCAUAGGAACGGUGUUUCUCCUCUCGCUACUUGGUGGCUUCCUCUCUGAUUCAUACCUUGGAAGCUUUCGCACCAUGCUCGUCUUCGGCGUCAUAGAAAUAUCUGGGUUCAUAUUAUUGUCAGUCCAAGCUCAUCUUCCUCAGCUAAGACCACCAGAAUGCAACAUGAAGAACACCACAACACAUUGCUUAGAGGCAAAUGGUUACAAGGCAGCUACACUCUACGCAGCACUUUGUUUGGUGGCCUUAGGGAGCGGCUGUCUCAAACCAAACAUCAUCUCUCACGGUGCGGACCAGUUUCAAAGAAAGGAUUUAAGGAAGCUAUCGAGUUUCUUUAAUGCGGCUUACUUCGCUUUCUCAAUGGGCCAACUUAUUGCACUCACACUCUUAGUUUGGGUGCAAACGCAUUCCGGCAUGGACAUCGGUUUUGGUGUCUCGGCGGCUGUUAUGGCUGCAGGGAUGAUCAGCCUUGCUGCUGGGACUAACUUUUAUAGGAAUAAACCGCCUCGUGGUAGCAUCUUCACACCAAUUGCUCAGGUCUUUGUAGCCGCGAUCACUAAGCGAAAACAGAUUUGCCCUUCAAACCCUAACACGCUUCAUCAACCUUCAACAGAUCUCGUUGGUGUCAAACCUCUCCUCCAUACUAAUAAGUUCAGGUUUCUUGAUAAGGCUUCCAUCAAGACGCAAGGCAAAGCAAUGGAGAGUCCAUGGAGACUCUGCACAGUCGAACAAGUCCAUCAAGUCAAGAUUCUUUUAUCAGUUAUACCCAUUUUCGCGUGCACCAUCAUCUUCAACACCAUCUUAGCUCAGCUCCAAACUUUCUCUGUACAGCAAGGUAGCUCCAUGGACACACACAUCACAACAACAUUCCAAAUCCCACCAGCUUCACUUCAAGCCAUCCCUUACAUCAUUCUCAUCUUUGUCGUUCCUCUCUACGAAACUUUCUUCGUUCCACUCGCUAGAAAACUCUCGGGAAACGAUUCCGGAAUCUCUCCCCUUCAGAGAAUUGGCACUGGACUGUUCUUAGCGACUUUCUCGAUGGUUGCAGCCGCUUUAGUGGAAAAGAAGAGACGUGAAUCGUUCUUGGAACAAAACGUAACGCUCUCGAUCUUCUGGAUCGCACCACAGUUUCUUAUAUUCGGUUUAUCAGAGAUGUUUACAGCCGUUGGUUUGGUGGAGUUUUUUUACAAACAGUCUUCACAGAGUAUGCAGUCUUUUCUCACAGCAAUGACUUACUGUUCUUACUCUUUCGGGUUCUACCUUAGCUCUGUUCUUGUCUCGGCCGUGAAUAAAGUUACUUCUAGUCAUGGAUCCGGGACAAGAGAAGGUUGGCUAGGCGAUAAUGACUUAAACAAAGAUAGAUUAGAUCUCUUUUACUGGCUCUUAGCUUCAUUGAGUUUCGUCAACUUCUUUAACUAUCUCUUCUGGUCAAGAUGGUAUUCGUUUGGUCCAUCCGCGACACAUCAUAGGGCCGAGGUUAAUAGCUUGGAGGAUCUAGAAGAUGGAGCAAAUAAGGAUUUCAAGAUGGAGAAGCCAAGAAUUUGACUAUGUUAGAUCUUCCUGUUGAAUGUUUCCUUUAGGGUUAUAAUUAAUAGAAGGAAUCUCUUGAAGAGUUAGAUCCUUUCUGCUUAUUAAUCUGGUAGUAAUCAUAUGUUUUGGAAGUGGCGGGGUAGAGUUUGCACUGUUUUUAAUUUUAAUUUUGGGGUUUGUAAUGAUGAUGAGUUAGUUUAAAAGGUUUAUAACAACUUGUCUUAUGAAUUAAUAAUGUAUUCAGCUAGUUGGUUUUUGUGAUGUGACUGUAUUAAGCUAGUUGGUUUUGUGAUGUGACUGAUGAAGUUCAUAAGAUUUGGGGCAAAGAUGGAGAACACAAACAGCUACAACUUAAAACAGCAUUUAUGCAGUAUCCGAUUGCUGCCUUUAACAAGAACCGAGCAAUAUCAGGUUUUGACUUCUGAGGCACAGGAGUGUCAAUUCGGCCCGAACCGGUCCAAACCUUCUAAGCCCGGUCUAAAAAUAUUUUGGACCUAGAAUUCAAAACCGGCCGGCUUUUAUAGGAUUUGCCAUUGUCACUUCUAUCGUUUAAAUACUUGUCAAUUUUCAUUAAAAAACAUUUUCAUUUUUUUGUUUUAAUAUAAAAUGAGUUUAAAUUUUCUUUUUCUUUAUCAAAAUUGUUUUACUUUUUUGUAUGCUUUAAAAACAUAUUAUAAAGAAACCAAAUUUAAUAAUAUUUAAAUUAUUAAAUAUAAAUAUAAAUUAAAUAUAUAAGAGAACAAAAUUUAUGAUAAACAUGGUCAAACGUUUCAUACUGUGUAUUUAAAAAUAAAACAUUUUGUACAUAAAAAAAAGAAGGAACAUUUAAAAAUUUAAAAUAUAACACUUGUAAUGAUCAAACAAUAAAGUGUAUUAACAACUUUUAAUAUUUACUUUAUUAGAAUUCUGAUAAAAAGAUUAAAAUAUUAUGUCAAUAAUACUAAUAAUGAUUUUGAUUGGAAGAACGUUAAUAUUUUUUUUUGACAGCACGUUAAUAUUUAAGUUAAAGUAUAAAAUAUUAGAUUUUUGGUUCGGUUCUAGUCCAAAUGGGCCUGGAUCCGAAAUACACAAAGCCUAAAUAGACUUAGUCCGAAAGAUCCAAUAGUUUUGGGCUUAUAAAACUAAGCCCAAACCCGGUAAUUUUUUGGGUUGGGCGGGAUUGAACCGCAGAUUCGAUGAGGCAUAUGAUGAUUCCUUAGACGUAUAUAAGACAUUUUUGAAGUUGGAGAGAGAUAUGGUCAAUACCCAUAGAUAAUGACAUCAUAAGCUAAAAGAUAUAGUGAGGUGAGCAUCAUUAGCUGUGACCUUCAGGCAGACAGAGAAGGUCCACACAACACACUGCUCCAUUGCUCCAUCAAUAUGAAUGAUCAUAGUGUUUUCACCGCUAACUCAUGAACAGAAUAAUCGGGUUUUUGUGAUUUGAGCAUUAUCAUUGACUAUCGAAAGAAAAAUAAUAUAAAAUCCUUAUGUACAUUAUGCUUCAUUUGACCAAACAUAUCUAAAGUGUUUCUUAAGUUUGAUAGCCUUUCUUGCAGCCUGGUUUAAAAAUGGUCUCAACCUCUACAUAUUGGCAGGACCUAACGAUAAUGUACAUAACGAUAACGACAAAACCUAACGAUACAUUGAGUCCCAAAAUAUUUUAGAAAAUAUUACAUAGAAAAAUGUCUCCAAAAAGUUUUUUUUAGACCCGAAAUUUACCAAAAAACAUUUUUAGCUGAAUUUUUUAAAAAAUCACUUAAAACCCCAUAAAUCUCAGGGCCGGUCCUGCAUAUUAGUCUGCACAAGCUGUAUGGACACAGCUAGUUUUACAUAGUAAAAUUGUGAAUUUUGCAUAAUAAAAUUUAAAACCACAUAACAUGUAGGACUACCCCUAAAUAAAGAUGUUCAUUUUCAUAGAAUACUGUGCUCAGUUACAGGAAAACCAAAAUAUAUCGUACGUAUAUGCAAACCAUUCAAUAAAAUUAAUUAGAAUAUAUUAUAUUCCAACAUAAAUUAUUUAAUUAGGUACAUCCGACCAAUAAUCUCAUUCAUUUUAUUAAACAACAAAAAUGCUUUAAUUCACUAUAAACCGGAACUAAUAAGAUUUAAAGAUUCAUCUGUCCAGAAUAUAAUACCAUUCGUUCUCCAACAAUUAUGUAAUAUAUCGAUGACAAUAUUUUGAGAGAUUUUUCAUCAUAUUCAUUAACCAGUUAUUCUGAAAUGUUAUUCAAAUGGCAUAUGGGAAUGCUUAGUUCGAGGACAUUUUGAUGGGUGUAGUUGUCAUACAAAAAUAUGAAAGAUGAGGUUAUAGUUGCCAGCUGUUGUAAUUUAAGACCAAGUUGUCAGAGUAAGAUGGUCAUACUAUAGACUAGGUAGUAAACUGGCUAUGGCUAUGUACGGAGUGAAAUAGUUUAUUAGAUGAUUUAUUGUAUGUCGUAUUAAGGGAUUUGUUGUAUAGUUUUAUUAAGGGAUGAACAUUCAUAUAUCCGUUCGGAUUCAGUUAAUCUAUUCGGAUUUCGAAUUUUAAGGGUUAGAAAUUUAAAUCGUAUUCAGAUAUUUACAAAUUUUGGUCUGGAUUUGGUUCGAAUCAUUGAAGGUUCGGUUCUGAUCUAGGUUCAGAUACCCAUUUUAAUUAUGUAUUUAAAAAAAAAUCCAAAUAUACUUAAUAUUAAAAUAAAAUAAUAUAAAACAUAAAAAUUUGAAUAAUAUAAGACUAAACAUUUAAAU